AUGAAUCAACACAAAUUUUUAAAUUUUGAACAAUUUCCUGAACAUGAAAAAAUUAUUUAUAUUGGUGGUAUUGUUGUCGAGGAGAAUAAACGAAUUUUAACUAAAAGAGGAAAAACAGAGUCUUCACCGGGAGAAGUAAAAUUUAUUUUAAAUAGGAUAGUAGCCCUCAUUGUAGCUUCAGAACAGAAAUUGUUGUCUCUUAAGGCAAGGAAGAAAGGUCCCCUUCAUUUUUAUUUCUCAAAGGUCUUGGCUAAGAAAAGGAUGUAUAAUUAA